AUGGGUACGAACUCGAAACCGUGGUGGGUGAUGCUAUGUCUAUGGACUGUCGCUUGUAUUGCAGCUGAUGCAAAUCCGCGACUAUGUGUUUGGACACAGCCCCGAGGUGCUGUGGUUCGCGACACCCUUUACAUGGAUGGAGGUCAAAGACAAUAUUGCCAAUGGGAUGCGACAGCAAGUGCCUGGCUAGACAUGACUGCGGUUUCGGGUCCAGAGGAGGAACGUGGAUAUUUGUACACGCUGAAUUUCUCCAAAAGCUUCGACGUCUCGACCAAUUUCUCAGACAUAUUCACGAUCCUGCCCACUGCAGGAGGGUUUAGCAAUAAUCCGCCAUUCAUCGACGGCUACAUGUUUGCAGACGAUUAUGAAUUUUACACAUAUGGUGGAUUAUCCCUCACGGAAGCGGGUGAGAAAGCAGAUUUGAUCAAUAAUCGACUUUAUCAACCCGAAGCUGGUUCCACAAAACAAAACCCUUACGAGAACUGGACUCCUGAUUUUGAUACUCACUAUACCCCAACUCCCCCAAUAAGCAAGAAUGUGACGCAUGGUGCUGGGGUGAGUAUUCCAAGUGAACAUCUAGGGUUUUAUUUCUCGGGGAUGCAAACUGAGUCUGGAGGCUUCUUGAUAGCCUAUACUGGUCUAGACCCAGUCUCUCACACGCUCGACAAUAUGUUGAAGAUUGACAUGAAAACAAUUUCAGAUGCAACUUGGACGAACACAUCUCUUCCCGAUCAUGUCAGGGGCCGCGGCAGUGCUAGUCUCGUUUGGCUACCAGUUUCUGACCAAGGCCUCUUACUUGCCAUUGGAGGCGUGAAAAACCCGGUGGAUGUUUUCGUUGACUACUCCUCGAAUGCUUCUUCACAGACCAACGCCAAUAACGGGGGUCCUGGCUUCAUGCAGAAUAUUUCAAUGUACGAUAUCAAAGAUGAUGUCUGGUAUAACCAAGAGACUUCCGGAGACGUACCACCACAGCUUGCAGAUUUCUGCGCAGUGAUGGCGCACCAGGACGAUCCAACUUCUUAUCAGAUUUUCAUCCAAGGAGGGUACAAUGGUGUUGAUCUGAACAAAGACCUGAAUACAGAUGUCUACAUUCUAUCAGUUCCCUCGUUUCACUGGACCAAGGUCACACCACUAAACCAGGAUGGUGCGCGAUGGGGACACGUCUGUGUAACUCCUUAUCCUGAUCAAAUGUUCGCUGUUGGAGGUCAGGGUAGCUAUCAAGACAUAAUGUUCUCUGGGGGAAAGUCUGUGGAGAUCUUGAAUCUGAAUACGCUCAUCUGGCAGGACAGUUAUAAUCCGGAAAAAUGGUCAAAAUACAAAAUACCGGCUCAAGUCACACUUGCGGGAGAUCCCAGUGUCGCUGCCGCAGGCAUGGACGCCUCUCUAGCCUCACUCUUCACAAAGAAAUACCAACAAGAAAUUGUCACAUGGUACCCUUAUGUGCCAACAUCCAAGGCCAGAAAGAGUAUAUUGGGGCCAGUUCUGGGAGGUGUUUUAGGCGGUGCUGCUCUCGUAUUAGCUGCAUUCUCUUUCUGGUUGUGGCGACGUCGGGAGAUAAAGAAAAAGAAUCGAGAGUCCAAAAUGUCUACCGCAACAUCAGAGACACUUCAAGGCUCCGGCGAUCACCUCCAUGGAUGGUUUCGAGACCAGGCCAAGCAAUCCGUGUCCGCAACUGCUAUGGAGAUGGACACUAGUGAUCAGGCUACUGUGCUUAGCAAUCGUCAUCAAAGUCAAGGUGAGAUCGCAGAGUUGGGAGGGCGCAGCAUCUUCAUGCCCAGAAGUUCAAUGCAAACGAACACAUCACUGCCACCAGAGUCCCUACCCGAAGUGAGUGGUGAGUCUCGAAAGAUUGGAGAAUUACCCGACUCUUCCACAGAUUCUGGGGAGCAAGAUUCGACAAUACGUUACAACGAGCCCAACUAUGGGCCACGAGGCUACGCCAAUUAUCCUCGAGUCAACAAAGGCGGCCUGAGCGCUGCAGGUUCCACUACCGGACAAUCGACUUCGGAGAAGAUGUCCUCGCUGGGUGCUGGCGAGAGCUCACUGCCAGAGAGGCACUCAUUCCAGGGGUUUCCAUUCAGUGAAAGUCGAAAGGAUAAUUACGAGCAUGUCUACCUUGGCGGAGCCGCUCUGCCUACCAGCGAGCCCAUCACAACACCCAAACAACGACGUAUCGAUGCCUAUUUUGCAGCAUCGGAUCGCACAAACUUCGAUCCGCUGCCGUCACCCAACAAGGCCAAAACUGAUGAAGGCAGUUUCUUCGGACAGCCUCGCCCACCGAACGCGCCACGCCAGGAAUCAAACGCUAGCAGUGACUUCGUCAUCACGCCUCUAGCCAUGCCUGAUGAUGCUCAACAAGCCGCGAACGAAAUGGGGAUGACGAGCGCCGCCCUGGCCACCUCGCCAUUAUCACCCAUUCGACCCCGACACCGGCGUAACGGAAGCAGCAUGAGCAGUGGUGGCCAGAUCAUAGCGGGUAACAGUGCAUCAUUGCCGUACCAAGCUCCCGAGGAGGACCACCGCCAGUCCGCCUUCAUCGAGAACUUGCCUGAGAAUCCGUCUAGGGCCCCGAGCAUGAAGCGAAAGAAUACAACAUCCCGGACGCCACCACCACCCGUGGAAGAGGAAGAUGCCAACAAGCAGGCAGAGCCCUAG